AUGGCAGAGGCAAUGCAAAGUUGUAACGUUAAUCAAAGAUUCUUGCCGUCGAUGAAAAGUGACAAAAAAACCCUGGAUUUUAAUUGGUGUGAAUAUAUUCUGAAUGUUCUAAGGCGUACAAGAAGACAAUGGCCUGGAAAUGACAAGCUCUUCAAUGGACCUAUUGCAUUGUUAGCGAUUCUAUAUGCUUGCAAAAAACAAGGAUUUGACGAUGCUGAAAACACUGAAGAGUUCUCUCUAGAUAAAAUUAACUUUCCAACAUCACAAGAAUUUGAAGAUGAAUUGGAAAUUGUUGCGCAAAAUGAGGGGAGAGGUCUUAAAGAUGGGGAGGAGGAGGAUGAAUUUUAUGUUUAUCCAUCUGAAUCCGAGAAUGAAAAUGAAGAAAUUUUUCAAGAUGAAUCUGAAGAAAAAGAUGAAGACGAUGCUGAAGAACAACCAAACAUCAAUAUCAACUCAGAAGAGAUAGAAGAUGGAAACACCUUACUUAAAGCUGCAACAGACUGGAUUGAACAAGAGGAUCAAGAGGAUGUUCAAAACAGCCAACUUAAAACCAAUGAAACUGAGAAAGCACAAACAGAAAGUGGAGCAUCAUGGGGGCAAUUCUUCAUAAAACCAUCUGAAGGAAAUAAAGAUAAAAUGUGGGUAGACAGUCAAUGCCGAUUGCGUAAUUUCAUGCCAUCACAAAUUCAAAGUGAAGGUCUUUCUGACAUUCAUUCAACAAAAAGUGGCGAUGAAAAUAUGAAGAACAUUGAAGGUAAAAAAUCAAAUGAAGAAUAUGUUGUGUCUGCCUUGGAUUAUCAUUUUAAAGGAUUUGAAGAAGUUUUCGAAAGCAUUGAAUCACGCAUAGAUGAGAUCAUUGAAGAAUAUCCAAACAGUGAAGUUGUUCAUAACAAAGUAAGCGAAUGGGCGUCAUUGAUUGAAAAAUUCAACAAUCAAGCUAAAAAGCACAAGAAAGUUAAUGUUGAUUCAACUCUGAUCGAAACACCAUCAAGAUUUCUAAACUUGAGCCAAAAUGAAGAUACCGAAAAUCAAAUCAUUUCAACUCCAUUGAUUGUAAAACGCAAUGAUGAUGCUACAAAACGCAAUGAAGAUAACACAGCUGUAGUCCAGCCCUCAAAUCCAGAAAAAAAAAUCAUUGAGAAUGAACCUACAUCGAGUCUGCAAACACACAUUGAAAACCCUUCAUUGGUACAAUCAUCAUUUAGCGAAGAAACUCCAUCAUUAAUGUUGGAGAUAAUAAAAAAGACAGAUGAAGAAGAAAAAAAUCAAAUCAAAAAAAAAAUUCAAAAUGAUGAGGUACCAUCCUUUGAUUUGAAAAUUUCUCAGUUGUCUUCAAAUGUGGAUGAAAAUGAAGUGGAAGUGGAUACUACUCGCCACGCUCCACAAACCGAAAUUCAAACGGAAUCUGAAAAUAAAACAAUCGAAAAAGAAGUUCAAAUUACUGGAAUAGAAACAAUGUUUGAAAGAAUUGAAGAACAGAAAACUGAAAAGGAAUCAGUGAUCUAA